GCCGGAGCCUCCCCCGAGGGAGCGGCUGGGGAGGCGCCGGGGCCGGAGGGGCUGCCCGAGCCGGGUACAGCCUCGAGUCGCUGCCCCGGCGGGCCCGAGCGCUCCCGCUUCGCACUCGGAUGGGUCUCGAGAUCUGUGUCAACUGAGGAAUUUCUGGAAGAUUGUCCCGCUGAUAUUUGUAAAAGAAAUCAAACAAACAUGCAUAAACUUUUGAAACACGUAGGAUUUAAGAUGCCAAAGGAUGAAAAUAAAAGAGUCCAGUCUGCACUGACCACACUUGGGAGUCUUAGCUCAGCUGACAGCUGGUGCAUACAUCUCUGACCUCUUUCAUCUCUCCAAGUUUCUUUUUGUUGGCGAAGUUAAGAAUGGAAGCCACUUAAAUAACAAAACUGUGAAUGGAGUGCUUCAGAUUAUUCUGAAACUGUCACUAAGGACAUGAACUUGAUUGACAUCCUUUGGAGGCAAGAUAUAGACCUUGGGGCAAGACGUGAAGUUUUUGAUUCCAGGCAGCGGCAGAAGGAGUAUGAACUUGAGAAGCAGAAGAAACUUGAAAAGGAAAGACAAGAGCAGCUCCAAAAAGAGCAGGAGGAAGCCUUGCUGGCUCAGCUGGAGUUAGAUGAAGAGACAGGUGAAUUUGUUCCUGUGCAGCCAGCUCAGUGCAUUCAGUCAGAAAAUCCUGAGCCACCCGUUGCUUUCUCACAGACCACAGAGCCUUCAAAACAAGAAGCAGAGGCCUUGUCCUUUGAUGACUGCAUGCAGCUCUUGGCAGAAGCAUUCCCGUUUAUAGAUGAGCAUGAGGCUUCUUCAGCUGCAUUUCAGUCAGUGGCUCCUGCUCAGGUCAAUAGCAACCCACCCUUUGUUUCCUCUGAUCAAAUUCAGCCACCUGAAUCUCCUGAUCUAGUACAACCCACUGAUGCAGAGAAUAUGCAGAACAUAGAGCAAGUUUGGGAAGAAUUAUUGUCCCUUCCAGAGUUACAGUGCCUGAACAUUGAAAAUGAUAAUCUGGCUGAGGUGAGCACAGUCACGAGCCCAGAACCAAAGCCAGCUGAGAUGCACAACAGCUACAGUUACUGCAGCUCAUUACCCAUGCUGAAAAAAGACUGCAGUCCAGAUUUCCUGGAUGGUAUGGAGGGCACCUUCUCGGGCAUUUUGCCACCAGAAGACACCAGCCAGCUGAGUGUGAACUCUUUAAAUGACACAUCCCCUUCAAACUCUGAUUUCUGUGAGGAUUUUUACAGUACAUUUAUUGAUACAAAGGUGAACGGUGAUGCAGCAGCAACGAACACUAUCAGUCAAUCUCUGGCAGAGAUUCUAAGUGAACCUAUUGAUCUUUCUGACUUUGCACUGUGUAAAGCUUUUAAUGGCAACCGCUCAGGGACCAGAGCAGAAGGUACCGAUUCUGACUCUGGUAUUUCACUGAAUGCAAGUUCCAGCGUAGCAUCGCCGGAACACUCUGUGCAAUCAUCUGCCUGUGCAGAUAAGACUCUGGGUUGCAGCGAUUCUGACAUGGAAGACACGGACAGUGCUCCUGGAAGUAGGCUGCAGAACAGUGCUGGUGUGUACUCUUUGCACCUCCAGGAUCAAGUGCUUUCUUCCUUAGGGCCAAGCACUCAAACACCAAGUUUGCCACGUACAGCCACACCAAAGAAAGAACCCCCUCCUGCUCCCGGCCAACCCAAAGCUCCCUUCACAAAAGAUAAACCUCCAGGCCGCCUUGAUGCUCAUCUCACGAGAGAUGAGCAAAGAGCAAGAGCUCUGCAGAUCCCUUUUCCUGUUGAAAAAAUCAUCAAUCUCCCUGUUGCGGACUUCAGUGAAAUGAUGUCUAAGGAGCAGUUCAAUGAAGCCCAGCUUACACUUAUUCGAGAUAUACGCAGGAGAGGCAAGAACAAAGUGGCUGCUCAAAAUUGCCGUAAAAGAAAACUGGAAAAUAUAGUAGAACUGGAGCAUGAUUUGAGUAACCUAAAAGAUGAGAAAGAGAAAUUGCUUAAGGAAAAAGGAGAGCAUGACAGAAGCCUUUAUCAAAUGAAAAAGCAAUUAACCACCUUGUACCUCGAGGUCUUCAGCAUGCUGCGUGAUGAAGACGGAAAGCCUUACUCUCCUAGUGAAUAUUCACUGCAGCAAACUAGAGAUGGCAAUGUCUUUCUUGUUCCUAAGAGCAGGCAGUCAGGGACUAAGCUUUGAAGGGCAGUACAGCUGGCUCCUGUUCGCUGAGUUACUAGUUUUGUAUUAUUAUCAUGAUCGUUUUUACUGUGAGGUGGAAUACAGAAUUAAGUAAUAUUUGUCAAGUAAGUCUAUGCAAUGAUAAUUUUAAAGUUGUUAAUUAGUUUAUGGAAGAUGAAAGUUGAAAAUUAGUCAAAUGCAGAUGGGCAUAUAGAAAAUUUUUAAUCUGACUUUAUAACAGACAUUUCCUUCCUAUAGCACCACUUUGACUAGUUUCCAUAUAUAUGUAAAUAUUUAAAUAUGCCAUAUUUAUAUACUGUUCCUAUCUAUUGUUAUAUUCAUAGAUUUGAUAUAUAUAUAUAUAUAUAUAUAUAUAUAUGAUUUUAGCCUUCUGAAUAUAAUUUCUUGCAAGACAACCAGGAUGGCUUCUUAUAUUUUUUAUAAAUAUCCAAUAGUGUUCCCCAUUUUUCUUACACAUUUAUAUUUGCUUUAUAUUUAAUAUAUUAAUUUAGUAUAAAAGUUGACACUCAGUGUUUGAUUUUGCUUUAUCAGCUCAUUAAACUUUUUAAACUCUACUUCAUACACAGGAGAGAAAUCCUUGCUUGUUUUCCAAGGCUAAGUCUUCCUGUAGCAUAAUUAUCAAUCACACAGCAGUGUCAGCACUACUAAUGCUUCAUUCAGCUUCAUUUUAACCUUUGGAAAGACUGUGUAACACAGUUUCAAGUCUAUGCUAAGCUCACAUUUUUGUUUUCCUCCUUGAACACUAUUUAAAUUAAUGAGAAUUCAUGCCUUUUCUCCAAAGGCAUUUAAAAUCUGUUAAAGCAUUGCCAGCAUUGUGCCUUUUUCCAGCUAAAAUUUCUGUAGGCUUUUGAGCAAUUCUCCUAGAAAUACACUACUGUGCCUCUGACUUCAAUGAAUGAGCAUCACCUGUCCCUGCUGUUACUUUGGUGCUUAUGGAAAACUACAUCCACCUGCCCUGUUUGGAAACUCUGCUCAGUGAAUUGAAAAGCUUGUGGAGUUUAAAUUAUGAUUUAUAAAAUAAAAAAUGGGCAAAUAAAUAGCAUGGUUUUCUUUACUACCCAAAGGACUUACUGCGCCUGAUUGUUAUGUAUUUUUUCAAUACAGAAAAUGCAUAAUUUGUAAGACAUGUUGAUCUGAACAUUAAAAACCAUCUUCAUCCCUGUGCAAGAAGUUCUAA